CCAGCAGCAGCCAGAAGAGGAAGAGAGGGGAAAGAGGAGGGGAAAAGGAAGGACAAAACGACCGGAGAGAAGAAAAGAGGAGGAAUAGAGGAGUGUUUGUUUGCACUUUAUGUUGAUUUGAAUAACGCUAAAGAGGAAAAAAAAUCUCCCAGCGUUCAGAAGAGCAAGCUGAUUUGCACAAGUUUUGCAUCAGAGAGAGAGAGAGACUCCUUCUUCUUCUCAGCUCGCAAACCGACACGUGUUGAGCUUCACUUUACUCAUCUGGAGUUGAGGAGCUUCAGUUGUUCAGGCUCGUACCGGAGUGUGUGUGUGCGCGCACCAAGACGGACACAGAAACAGUUUGAUCUCCACGUGGUGAUUUUUAUUCGCACUGAGCCGGAGACGGGAAGCCCGGAGCAGAGUUUCCUCCCGCUGCGCUUCCUGAAGCCGCUCGGACCAUGGCAGCGGUGUCGAGCCCGGAGUCGAGCUCUCAGCCCCGGGUCUACUUCCAAACUCCCCCCGGUACCGAGGAGACCGACAGCCCGGCCCGGAAACAAGGCCGGGUUACAGUGAAAUACGACCGGAAAGAGCUGAGGAAGAGACUCAACUUGGAGGAGUGGAUCAUAGAUCAGCUUACAGAGCUGUACGACUGUGAGGAGGAGGCGAUUCCUGAACUGGAGAUAGAUGUGGAUGAGUUAUUGGACAUGCAGAAUGAUGAGGAUCGCGCUGCACGCGUUAAGGAUCUGCUGGUGGACUGUUACAAACCUACUGAAGACUUUGUAGUCGAGUUGCUUGACAAAAUCCGCGGCAUGCAGAAGCUCAGCACGCCUCAGAAGAAAUGAUGCACCAAUAGCCUCGGCUCCUCCUCUUAACCCUCCCCCAGCCAAUCCCAGCUUCCUCCUCUGCUUCAACAGGUGCUCAACCAAUCACAUGAGACAGAGGAGGAAGUGAGGUGACUGGGGAAUCUAGCCAAUCAGAUUCUUAUAAGCAGGGCUUAUUUUUGUUUUAUUCAUUUUGUUAACUUUAUGGUAUAUUAUUUUUUUUUCUAAAAGGGGAAACGAUUUCAUUGUGUUUUGAAGCAUUUGUAGAAAUCCUAGCGAUAUAUUUCAACACGUACGUUUUUAGAUGUUAGGUGACUGUGUGAAAUUUUGCUCUAAUGCAAUACUGUACACUUGUCCCCAGUGGACAGCACUCGUUAUAAACAUGCUGUUUGUACUUCUCUGAAAAUAUUAUGGCCCUUAACUGCAAUAUAGUACAUUUGGAAGAUAUGAGAUGUAUGUGGCCUUGUCCAUUCAAACAAACAAACAAAUUCCUUGAUUUGACCCCCCCUCCCAUAGAGCAUGAAAGGGCUUGCAAUGGAGUGAUGUCAAUAUGUUUGUUCAUGUGGAUGAGGAUGAGGUGGAUGGUGGUGGAAAAAUGGAGCUUUUUUUUGAGACAUGCAAACCCACAUACUUAAAAACACACAUUUCUCCACACACACACUCACGCAGACAGACGGGCGUCACCCCCCUCAGGGAUCUGUAGGAACCACACGCCACAGCUGUGGUUAUUGGGCCCCACACUCAAACACAGAUGUGCACGAUGGCAUGUGGUGCACAGAGGGAGAUUAUGGCAUGCUGGAGGGUCUAGCAGCUUGCCGUGAGGUUUUAUCAGUUUAUAAGAUCCCAAUUAAUACUUUCAUUUGAUUCUGCGAAAUCAUCUUACUCAGAAAGCCAUCUGCUUCCUUUCUCAUAACACAGCGAUAAUAGGGCUAAUCGCAUAUCCCAUGUCUGCAGUGGACUGAGUGGCCAAGUGCUUCACUUUCAACCCCCCAUUUUUGACAUCCAUUCAGUAUACACAGAUGAGUACACAGCCUUUUUAAAUUGUAUGAUAUUUUAUCAUGUAAUGACUGUUAAUUAGUAACUCCACAUGAUCUGGAGUGAAAUGCAAGAGAGAGACAGCGAUAGUCCUUCUAACCACAGCUCCUAUUUAGUUCCUCCUCUCUCCAUCCAGUCCUCAUCUUUUCCCAGUAAGAAUACCCUUUUCUAUAACAGAUGUUGCCUUAGUACAUAUGGUACACAAACCAAAUAAACGGAGGCAUUCAUUUGGGAAAUAUACAGUAUAUAAAACAGCGAUUUUGUAAUUUUUUUUUUGCUUUUGUGUUCAAAACCUCCUUAUUGUACUCUCCUGGAUUCUGUUUUCUAGAAGAAAUAAGUUGAUAACAUUUGAACCUUGAAUACAGGUUGAAAACAGUAAGUUUUAGAUGUGUGUAAAAUACAAUGGAUUUGUCCAUUUUAAUAGUGUGUGUAUUGUAUCAGAUAAAGCUGUUGUUGUUUUUUUCAUGCAACAGCACAUUAAAUAGACAAAUCGUGAACUAAAUUUAAUAAGAGAAAUGAUACGUUUGAUACAGUGCAGGAAUCUGACAUUAGUCUGCGAUUGAAGGUCAUAUUUGGUGGGGUGGGGGAAAUUAUGAGAAAAUGUAGCAGUAAACACGUUUUGUUAGUUUCCUGGGUUUGUUAAACUUUAUGCAACUUGAAUAAAAAAUAUUUUAAAACACCA